CGGUGCCUGCUUCAGCACUUGGUGCUGUCCGCAGCUGCCGCCGCCUCCUCCAGGUGCUGACUGUUCUGGUGGCGAGUUUCCAAUUGCCUUGAUUAAAGUAGAAACAUUCUAUGGCUUGGAUGACUUACAUUUCACAUUGGUUUGAGCAAGAUGAUUGGUAUGAAGGACUACAAAGAGCAAAUAUGUCCCGGAUAAGGCAAGUGGGAUUACUGGCUGCUGGAUGUCAGCCAUGGAACAAAGAUGUGUGUGCUGCCAGUGGAGACAGAUUUGCAUACUGUGCAACUCUGGCUAUCUAUAUUUAUCAGUUGGAUCACCGUUAUAAUGAAUUCAAACUUCAUGCAAUUAUGUCUGAACAUAAAAAGACAAUCACAGCAAUCUCUUGGUGUCCACACAAUCCUGAUCUAUUUGCAAGUGGCAGUACUGAUAACUUAGUGAUCAUUUGGAAUGUCGCAGAACAAAAAGUCAUUGCUAAACUCGACAAUACAAAAGGGAUACCUGCUUCACUUAGCUGGUGCUGGAAUGCAGAUGAUGCUGUGGCAUUUGUUUCCCACAGAGGUCCGCUAUUCAUUUGGACCAUCUCAGGACCAGAUAAUGGAGUGACUGUACACAAAGAAGCUCAGAACUUCCUGUCUGAUAUCUGUAUAUUCAGAUGGCAUACCCAAAAAAAGGGAAAAGUUGUGUUUGGUCAUAUUGAUGGAAGUCUAUCAAUUUUUCAGCCAGGUAAUAAAAAUCAGAAACAUGUUUUGAGACCUGAGUCUCUUGAAGGAACAGAUGAAGAGGAUCCAAUUACAGCCCUGGAAUGGGACCCACUGUCUACCGAUUAUCUUCUUGUGGCUAAUUUGCAUUAUGGAAUUCGCCUAGUAGAUUCUGAAUCACUUUAUUGCAUAACAACAUUUAAUUUUCCGAGUGCAGCAGCUUCUGUACAGUGCUUAGCUUGGGUUCCCAGUGCUCCUGGCAUGUUUAUAACUGGAGAUUCUCAAGUGGGUGUUUUACGCAUUUGGAAUGUUUCAAGAACAACACCUAUUGAUAAUUUUAAAUUAAAGAAAACAGGAUUUCACUGCUUACAUGUACUUAAUUCCCCUCCAAGGAAAAAAUUUUUAAUCCAGUCUCCAAACAAAAAUCAUUAUACAUCUUCAACAAGUGAAGCAGUUCCACCCCUAAGUUUGACACAAAACCAAGCAUUUUCUCUUCCUCCUGGUCACGCCGUGUGCUGUUUCUUGGAUGGUGGAGUUGGACUUUAUGAUAUAGGAGCCAAAAAGUGGGAUUUUCUUAGAGACUUGGGACAUGUGGAAACUAUCUUUGACUGUAAAUUCAAACCUGAUGAUCCAAAUCUUUUAGCGACAGCAUCAUUUGAUGGCACUAUAAAAGUCUGGGAUAUAAACACAUUAACAGCAAUGUAUACUUCCCCAGGCAAUGAAGGGGUUAUUUACUCCCUUUCAUGGGCUCCAGGUGGUUUAAAUUGUAUUGCUGGUGCAACUUCCAGAAAUGGUGCUUUUAUUUGGGAUGUUCAAAAGGGCAAAAUGGUACAGCGAUUUAAUGAGCAUGGGAAAAAUGGAAUAUUCUGCAUUGCCUGGAGUCAUAAAGAUUCCAGAAGAAUAGCAACCUGCAGUGGUGAUGGUUUCUGUAUUAUUCGAACAAUUGAUGGUAAAGUAACGCACAAAUACAAACAUCCAGCUGCGGUGUUUGGCUGUGAUUGGAGCCAAAACAACAGAGACAUGAUAGCCACUGGCUGUGAGGACAAAAACGUUCGUGUUUACUAUGUAGCCACCAGCUCUGAUCAACCAUUGAAAGUAUUUAGUGGCCAUACAGCAAAAGUGUUUCAUGUUAAAUGGUCUCCUCUGAGGGAGGGAAUUCUUUGCAGUGGUUCUGAUGAUGGUUCUGUUCGAAUCUGGGAUUAUACUCAAGAUGCUUGCAUAAAUAUUCUCAGUGGACACACUGCACCUGUGAGAGGACUAAUGUGGAAUUCUGAGAUUCCAUAUCUACUAAUAUCUGGCAGCUGGGACUACACUAUAAAAGUAUGGGACACUCGGGAAGGAACUUGUUUGGAUACUGUGCAUGAUCAUGGUGCAGAUGUAUAUGGUUUAACAUGCCAUCCAAGUCGUCCCUUCACAAUGGCUUCUUGUUCCCGUGAUUCUACAGUGAGACUCUGGUCAUUAACACCUUUAAUCACUCCUUUACAAAUAAAUAUUCUGGCAGACAGAUCUUGGGAAGAAAUUAUUGGGAACACAGAUUUUGCUAUAGAACAAGGUGCUCCUCCUCUAUUGUGUGGUAAAGUAUCAAGAAAUAUUAAACAGGAAAUAGAAAAACUGACUGGUAAUCCUCGAGUGAAAAAAUUAAGAUGGUUUUCAGAAUGUUUAUCACCUCCAGGUGGCAGUGACAAUUUAUGGAAUUUGGUUGCUGUGAUAAAAGGGCAAGAUGAUAGCUUACUUCCUCAGAACUACUGCAAAGGAAUAAUGCAUUUGAAACAUCUGAUUAAAUUUAGAACAUCUGAAGCCCAAGAACUAACAACAGUCAAAAUGUCUAAAUUUGGUGGUGGUAUUGGUGUACCUACUAAAGAGGACAGGCUGAAGGAAGCUGCUGAAAUACACUUGAGAUUAGGACAAAUUCAGAGAUAUUGUGAACUUAUGGUUGAACUUGGAGAGUGGGACAAAGCCCUGUCAAUUGCACCAGGGGUCUCUGUGAAAUACUGGAAGAAGUUAAUGCAGAGGAGAGCUGAUCAAUUAAUCCGGGAAGAUAAGGAUGAUGUCAUUCCAUACUGCAUAGCCAUUGGCGAUGUAAAAAAACUAGUCAACUUUUUUAUGUCAAGAGGUCAACUUAAAGAAGCCCUGCUUGUUGCACAGGCUGCAUGUGAAGGAAAUAUGCAAGUCUUGAAUGUUUCUACACCUAAAGGAGCUACAUAUUCUGAUUUCUACAAGGAAGAUUUUAAUGAACUGCUACACAAAGUCAGUAAAGAACUGGCAGAAUGGUAUUUUCAGGAUGGUCGAGCUGUUCUAGCUGCGUGUUGCCAUCUCGCCAUAGAUAAUAUUGAGCUUGCUAUGGCAUAUCUGAUUCGUGGAAAUGAACUGGAGUUGGCAGUCUGUGUGGGCACUGUACUAGGAGACUCUGCAGCACCUGCAACCCACUAUGCCCUAGAAUUACUGGCAAGAAAAUGCAUGAUGAUUCCAAUGUGCUUUCCAUCUAUUGGAUACAGGAAUUUGGCAGCUGAUCUUCUCCUGAUGACUCCUGAUAGUGAACUUCACUUAAUAAAACUGUGUGCUUUCUACCCAGGCUGUGUGGAAGAGAUAAAUGAUCUUCAUGAAAAGUGCAAACUCCCCUCGGUAGAAGAAUGUAUGCAGUUAGCCGAGACAGCAUAUGCAGAUGGCAAUGUAUUUGAAACUAUAAAGUAUUACUUGCUAAGUGAAGAACCAGAAAAAGCCCUUCCUGUUGGUAUUGACUUUGUCAAAGAAUACAUCAGUAGUUCAAAUUGGACGUUGGAUGCAAUUUACCCUGUGCUCAACCUAUUGAGUUAUAUUCGUACUGAGAAACUCCUCUUGCAUACAUGUACUAAAGCUCGAAAUGAGUUACUCAUAUUAUGUGGUUACAUUGGUGCAUUAUUGGCCAUCAGGAGGCAGUAUCAGAGCAUUGUUCCAGCACUUUAUGAAUACACAAGUCAGCUAUUAAAGCGUCGAGUGGUAUCAGUACCCUUAAAAAUUGAACAUCUUUCUGAAGAAUUGGAUGCAUGGAGAGCUUGCACACAGUCAACCAACCAAUCAUCUGAAGAAUCUCCAUAUACACCCCCUUCUGAUUCACAAAGAAUGGUUUAUUCAGCUUUACUAAAAAGACUAAAAGAAGAACCACUCAAAGGAAUUAUUGGACCAGAUUAUGUGGCAGGAUCAAAUCUUCCAAGUCACUCUGAUAGCCCCAUUUCUUGCCUUACGGGACUAAAAAUCCAGGGCCCUGUGUACUUCCUUGAAGAUGGGAAAUCUGCUAUUUCACUGAAUGAUGCUUUGAUGUGGGCAAAGGUGAAUCCAUUCUCACCUUUAGGAACUGGAAUACGACUCAAUCCAUUUUGA